AAGAGAAAGAAAAAGAGAGAAGGAAAGGGACAGAGAGGGACAGAGUCUGUUUUCAUUUUGUUGUCCAAUUCCAACAUUUUGAAGACGUUGUGUCACACCAGCGAAAGUAAUAGACCAAGGCAAGGGGGUCCUCCCCGGGUUCAACCACAAAUGGGUGUCUCAAAACAGGUGUCUGAUUACAGCUUCCAUCCCCCAAAUCCACAAUCUGUAUUAUCUUAAUUAUAGUAUUUACACGUCUACUCUAAAUCCAUUGUAGGACUCUUGAGACGUGAAGCUUUCUGCAAACGAAAAAGUACGGCUCAAUUAUAACGGCUAAAUAACGUUUGCUUUAGACCAUGGCCUCUUUUGUUUAACCGUCUUGAGGCAGGUGCUUCUAAAACUGUAACAAAUUAAUUCUGCCCGAAAGGCGUCAGACAUCCAGACACUCCUGCACCAGCCCAGAUACAACCGCGCUCUCUUCCUCUCUGUCCCCCUUUUUCGCUGUUGCUCUCGCUCUUUCCCUCAUUUAAUAUACUGAAAGGAGUGAAUUAGCGACAAAUAAGAAGAGCACAGGUCGGGUUAUGACUAAGAUUGAUACCAGGCAUGAAUAAAGUGAGGUCACUGCAAACGCUAUAAUGACAAAAUGCAACACGACGUCUGACCUUGACGCAAUAGAAGUGGCAUAACGAGACUAUUUAGUGACUGCCUAUGUCCACGUUUAGUGGACUAGUGCAGCUAGUUGGGUGGUUUGUGGUCGUCUGCCUUUAAGACCAGUGACAUGUCGUUGGGGAAGACCCUGUCAUCCAGCCAAACGCUACUUCAUUAGCCCACCCUGGUGUGUGCGUGUGCGUGUGCUUGUUCCACAGCAGCAACUUUACCCCCUUUAUGAUAUAUUAAAUAUUGGUUUAUAGUGUAAUUUACUGUGUAUGUGUGCACAUCCCUUGGCUAAACAAAGGUUUAUAUACUGCAGGUAUGAAUCAGUGUUCAGCGGUUGAAAACUGUGAUCGUGUGUGUGAAUGUGUGUGUGUGUGUGUGUGUACUGUCUGUGUGUGACUGCAGUGCAGCGUCUUGCCUUUCCAUAGGAAGGGUUAGUGGGUCAUCUGGGCAAUCAGACUGCAGUAUAUCUAAUGAGGUCUGACUGUGAGUCUGGGAUGCAAGGAGAUGGAAAAAGAGCGAAAAGAGAAAUGUCACUUCUUUAUCCAGCCUUUCUGUGUGUCAUCCCAUAUCUCUCUGACAGACUACUGGCAACAGCGCUUGUCUUUAGCCCUGUUUGUUGGAAUCCAGUCUGCAGCACUUAUAGACCUAUAGUGUUUACUAGUACAGCUUGGCUGCUGCAAACACAGACCAAUCAUGCUUAUCCCUGUGGACUCCCAGAGGAACGGAGCCUUGUCUUAGAAAAAUCAAUCAAUACCUGACAUCAAUACCUGGACCUGGGAUGCAUGUGUGCUACAUUAGAGAGAAAAUGAGAGAAAGAGAUUCUUUAAAGACAGACUCAAGUUCUUAUCUUGGGUGAUUCAACUUGAUUGGCAGGUUCUUUAUGUGUGUGUGUGUGUGUGUGUGUGCGUGCGUGCAUGUGUAGCAAAAAGAGUGUUUGUGGUUUGACUGAUUGACAGAUGGGCCGAUCCUAAUGAAGGGAAAUUGAUAAGGCCUGAGAGCCCAGUUUUAUGCUGACAAAAGAGGAAUUAAAUAAUGGACACACAAAUGGACACAAACAUACACCCACACUCUGUCAUUGGCCAUGUAUAACCAUAUAAAGCGGGAUUCAAGAGAACAUCUCCCUUUCAUUCAGCAGUGGGAUAGUUAAGCUUCCAUACAUAGCUUUUUUGGUGAAAGCACAUGUCACAUAACAGUAAGGAGAAUGGUGUGUAUGUGAGAGACAAAGCAAGAGAGGGAUACUUUCUUUUCAUGUGUGAUUGCAUUACUGUGUUAUUCUAUUUAAUGUGCAACCUUUGUGUUUGUCAUUGUUUUUCAUUAUUAUGUGAGGUUUAGUGCAAGAAAUGUGUGCAGUCGCGUGUGUAGGUGUGAUUACAUAAAAAGGUACAAAGUUGAUGUACAGACACACACACACGUCUGUAGUGAAGUGUUUGUACUUUGCUCACUGAACUUCAUCUCCCAGUGGCAUUCUGUGUGCUCGGAUGUGGGAAGUCAGAGACAUAAAUACAAUUUGAACAUAACUGUCUCCAGAGAAGUACACAUGCAUCCAAACAUGCUUACAGGGCUGAACGCUCCAGUACAUCAUCUGUAGGGACCUAUUUGAACAAAGCACACCCCGGGAGCCAAUUACAUUACUCCAUGUACAGUAGCAGUGAUACUGUAAAUAAAACUCAUCUAAAUGUCUGUUGAAUGUAUAUGCUGGUGCUUUCAGGCUAUUAUUCCAAACAAAUAAAAGUCCUAUACAUGUCUACAGAAUGAUGCACAGUAGAUUGAUGCAACUAUUCCAAUUUUUAAGACCAGCCAGACAAUUUAUAACUCACAAGCCCUUGUUCAUCCCAUCCCAGCCCCAGUUGAUUGGGCAAUGGGUCCUGGUGGUAGCCAGAAGGUUGCUGGUUCGAACCCUUAAGGUGGGCCCUGUGUGCCCCCACCACUGAGCAAGGCACUUAACAGGAGUGGUCCCAGGCCGUUAGCCAUUCAGCUGUGAAACAGGAGAAAUGACCCAGUGAAUGAGUGAUGCGAGUGGAGGAGGGGAGAGAUGGCUGUAUCAGGAUCAGUUUGACAGGGAUCGGCUGGGGCUUUAAAAUGAUACCUCCUCCAUCUCUCUAUUUUCUGCCCUCUUUUUGUCAGCUUUUUUGGGGGGCUCAUCUGGUUUAGAGGACACGGUGUUCUAGACACCGCACGAACGCACGCGCACUGAAACCCACAAACACACGCAAACGUACUGGGAGUUUCUCUUGUGCAAGGUGACCUCUGUGGCUCACAAUUAAGGCUAAGAAUAAUCAAAUUACUGUACCAGCAGCAACUUCUUCCUCUCCCUUUGUUUCUCCUUGAAGCCCUCACUUAUUUUUUUACUCAAGUGAGCUUUAUCUUUUUCUUUUCACCCCAUCUCUUAAUCUUCUCUCUGAUGUACUUGUUUAUUAUCUUUCUGCUUUUCUUCCUUCCUACUUUACUCACCUCACCUCAACUCCCUCCUUUCUUUCUCUCUCUCCAAUUAACUGCUCUCUAAUAUGGCCUUUCUAUCUUUCUCUUUCUUUGUCUGUUUGUCUCUUAUUUUUCUAUAUUUUAUUUUCCAUGUAGACCUAGACAUCCCUAGUCCUGGAUUCAGAGCUCUCGAUCUCCCCCGCGGGUCCAGACCGUGCCCCCCCGGACCCCAGCACCAUGACUCAAGAGGGGCAGGGGCUCCCCCAGACCUCCCCCACCCCCCCAGAGAGCCCUCUGGAGACCCCCACAGCCCACCCCACCCAACCUCACACAGAGACAAACCAGGAGGGGAGAGGUGUGGAGGUUGAGGUGGACGAGGUGGAGGAGACUGAAGGGGAAAAGGUGGAUACAGAGAUGGCAGUGGGUGAGGAAGGUGGAGAGGGGGAGGUGCAAACAGCAGAGAAAGUCGAGGUUGAUGUAGAGGGGGAGGUGCAGGGAGAGGGAGAGCGGCAGGUAGAGGUCAAAGGGGAGAUCAUGCUGGAGGCUGAGGUGGAAGGAGAGAGAGGGGCUGAAACAAAGUAUGGAGAAAAUGUAUUGGAGAAUGAGAGGAUGGAUGUUGUCGCAGAUGAGAACGGACAGGCUGAAGGAGAGCCGAAAGGAAAGGGGAAGAAGGGAGAAAAUGAGGAGGAGGAGGUAGAGGAAGCGACGGGGGUCAGUAAAAACAUAGAAGACAGUCCAGGGGACGGGAUACAAGUCCAUGAGCCAAGCUGUGAGGAAGAGGAGGAAGUAAGGGAGGAUCCUCUACCAUCCAGUGACCCUGCAGCCCCCGCGGAAACCAUGGAGACAACCAGGAUGGAGAACGGGAUAGGAGUGGAGAAUGGGACUGUGGGACUUGAAGAUGAGGAAGAAGAGGGUGAAGAGGCCGAGGGGGCAGAGGUCACCCAGACGCAGCUGGACACCUUUAGCUCUACCUUUGAGUGUUUUGUUGAGCAGGCCGACACAGAGGUGGAGGAGGAGGAGGAAGAAGAGAGGAACAGGGAGGAGCAAGAGGGAGGAGAGAACCAGGACAGUUUCAGCUCUGUGUUUGAGCGUAUCGUGGAGCAGGUGACCACCGGCGAGGAGGAGGAGGACGAGGGGGACGAGGAGAGGGCGAGGGAGAAAGGGAGGGCAGACAACAAAGACGGCUUCAGCUCGACGUUCGAACGCAUCGUGGAGUCUGCGCUGCUCAGGGGCGGGACUUGCUACAGCAGCCUGGACUCGCUGGACGUCCUGUCGCUCACGGACGAGACAGACAGCUGCGUCAGCUUCGAGGCACCGCUCACCCCUCUCAUCCAGCAGAGGGCGCUCUUCUGCCCUGAGUCCCUGGAGCUGGAGCUGGCGACCGUGCAGGAGCAGGAGGGGGGCGAGGGUGGUGCUGAGGCCCAGAGAGGGGAACUCGAGGCUGGGGAGAGGGCCGCUGACCCUGGGCCUUUGCCUGGAGGAAGCCCCCUCCGGACCACCAUCUCAGGGAGCCGGUCAGAGUUUGUGCUGAGCCAGCCUGGCAAGUGGGCCAUUCCUAAUGGGUACCACAUGGAUCACAAAGGGGGUGCGGAGGGCACUAGGACCAUGCCCAACUCUGUCAGCGAUGCCAACCUCACAGACGUGCUGUCGGACUCUGAGUCAGACCUGGACAGUCUGGAAACGCUGGAACAUGGGAGCACUGACACACUCGCAAACGGUUGCCGUGCCGACUGUGACGCGGCUAAGCGUCUGGCCAAGCGUCUGUUCUACCUAGAGGGUUUCAAACGCUGCGAUGUGGCGAGACACCUGGGCAAAAAUAAUGAUUUCAGCCAGCAGGUGGCGUCAGAGUACCUGAGCUUCUUUGAUUUCUCCGGCCUGUCUUUGGACCGAGCCCUGAGGAACUUCCUGAAGGCUUUUCCUCUGAUGGGGGAGACCCAGGAGAGAGAGAGGGUUCUGGUCCACUUCUCCAAACGCUUCUGCCAUUGCAACCAGAAGACGCUCACCUCCGAAGGCAAGGGUCGAUGUCAGGGGGAUGAUGAGGAUGAUGGUGAAGACUAUGAUGACGGCGCACACACCUUAACUUGUGCCCUGAUGCUGCUCAACACCGAUCUACAUGGACAUAACAUUGGUAAGAAGAUGUCUUGUCAGCAGUUCAUCAGUAAUUUGGACGGCUUGAACGAUGGCAAAGAUUUCCCUAAAGACCUAUUAAAGGUGCUGUACAACUCAAUAAAGAAUGAAAAGCUGGAAUGGGCAGUUGAGGAGGAGGAGUUAAGAAAGAGUCUGUCGGAGCUGGUGGAGGAGCAGUGUGAGGGCGGGAGCAAGCGGGUUGCCAGGGUAACGGACGGCAAUAACCCUUUCAUCGCCAUUCCUAUCCUGCUUAAUGCGGUCACAUACAAACAUGGAGUGCUAACGCGCAAGAGCCACGCUGACAUGGAUGGCAAACGCACCCCACGAGGACGCAGAGGAUGGAAGAAGUUCUAUGCGGUUCUAAAGGGGAUGAUCCUUUAUCUACAGAAGGAUGAGUACAAGCCGGAUUCCGACCUGUCUGAGGUGGACCUGAAGAACGCAGUGCGCAUCCACCAUGCCUUGGCCACGCCUGCUAGUGACUACAGCAAGCGAGCCAAUGUCCUCAAGCUCAAGACCUCUGACUGGAGGGUCUUCCUGCUACAGGCCCCGAGUGAAGAGGAAAUGAUGUCGUGGAUCUUCAGGAUCAACCUUGUAGCAGCUCUGUUCUCCGCCCCUGCCUUCCCUGCCGCCAUCGGCUCCAUGAAGAAGUUCUGCCGUCCGCUGCUGCCCUGCUCUUCCACAAGACUCAGCCAGGAGGAACAGCUGCAGUCUCACGAGAGCAAGCUGAAGCAGAUGGGUGCGGAGGUGGAGGAACAUAAGAGGAACCCGCCCUCUCCCAAGAGCAGGGAGUGGGAGGAGUCCCGCCUCAAAGAGCACUACCUCACAUACGAGAAGAGUCGGUACGAGACCUACAUUAACUUGCUGCAGGCCAAACAGCGGGCGGAGACAGACGACCUGGAGAAGAUUGAGGCCAGCGUGAUGGGUGGACUCGCAGAGGGGCGUGGAGGCCGCGAGGGCUACCUCCGGAAGACCCAGUCCUCUCCGUCCAUCAGCCAAGCGCACGGCCUCAACGGCAGGGCUGCCGGACGCACCACCCCCGGCAAGCGCAGCUGAGGGAAGACCCCUGCCCUUGAAACAAACGUCCGCUUUCCCCACACUUCCUGUAGCUCCCCCUGCCCUCAACCUCGGAAUCUUCCGUAUAUUAUUGCACAGAAAAAUCUUUGAUAAGUAUUCGUUAUUCUAGUUUAUUUUUCCCAGAACUGUAGCUGCUGGCACUGCGACCACCUCUGAAAGCAAGAGACUCGUGCCAAAUUCACCAUUGACCCGGAGGCUAGAAUGAAAUCAGAGGGGGAGGGAGGUAGCAUAGAGCAGAUGGAGCUGAACCUGGAAGUCUGCAUGAGUCCAGUGUUGUCAGGCUAGGUAUAAACUAUAGAGGGAGAUCGCAAAUACAGUUAUGUCCCACAAACAGAAUCCUGGUGGAAUCCUAUGGAUCUUCUGCACUUUUGUUCUUAGUUCCGGAUUGAGCGUGACUUUAGGACAUCCCUGAGACUUCCUUUAGUUGUACUUUUCUUCUUGCCAGCCGUUUAAAGAGCCUGAGGUGAAAAGGUGUCCUUGUUGCACACACAGCAAGUGUCGAAGGACAAGCUAGUUUUGAUCUAGUUACAAGCUAGUUAUGAGCUACUUACAGGCUUACCUGUAGGCCUCUACCCAGCAUGAAUGUGGAUCAGUGUGGAUCAGACCAAGGUGUAUACCCUACAAUUUGUGGAAGAACUAUCUAAAAACAACAUGAAUUGCUGUAACACCCUCUCCUUACUGUGUUACUUAUUUAUUGCCAUUUAUUUAUUUAUUAUAGAUACAGCCUGAGCUUUAGGUAUAUGAUAGGCGAUAUGAUGGAACUUGAUCUCAGAUUGAAUAAAAGCACUGUUCCAUGUUUUAGAACCCCUCAGUCCUGGAUAAUACAAUGUCCUCUGUCUCGCACUGAUGAUGUCAUUCCAGACUGAAUUUGUUUGAUUGGAAAGUCGGGAGGAUCAUGUGUUUAGGUGGUUGAAGUACGUGUGUGUGAAGGCGGAUCUAAGGUAUUGCAAGAGGAAAAGGGUGUGUUUGUGACAGGGAUGUGAAGUAAGGGGGGGGUGAAGUAAAGGGUUACGGAACAUAACAGAAACAUAACGGAUACUAUCAUCGUUGACAUGUUUCAGUGAAGUAGAGACAACGGCUCUGUUGAUCAUCUUCCUCAUCUUCGUCAUCAUUAAACUGAGGAGACUAUUUACAGACAGAAGCAGCAGGCCUGCAGCAGCUGGAAGAGGUAAACAAACCCAUUGGUACUGGACUGAGAAGCCCCACAGUAACAUGGUGUGGGUGUCAACAGCUACACAGGGGAGAGGUCAGACCAAGACCCGCUGAUGGGUUGACAAGAAGGACUUAUGGAGAAUGGGAAGGGGCAUGAGAAGGAAGAGAUGCAGGCAAUGCUGUCCCCUUUGAGUCUGAACAUAACAUACUCGCUGCAUCUCUAUCUCUCCCUCUCUCCCCAUCCUGAUCUCCACCUUUUCCUCAUUAUCAAAGCGGUACGGACAUUUCUAGCACUCAUGGACACAGGUGUACUGUGUUUUGUAGUUACACACGACGGGGAUCCGAGAUCCUUCAUCGACUGAACUGGAAUUUGGACUGAGAACUGCCAUUUUGUAAAAAACUAAAACAAAAAAACUUGGAUGAUGUUGAGGUUGCUCCUAUUCAUUGGUCUGGCUGUUGUGGUACCCCACAUUUCCCUCAUGUUUUAGGGUAGGACUGUGCUGUUGUAAAAUAGCAUUGUGAGCAUAAACCUUUUGGUCCUGUCUAAAAUGACAAAUGUUUUCCAUUUGUUGGAAAACAACAAAUGGAAAACGUGUUUGCUCUUACGCCCAUAUGGUUUAUUGAAGUAGAAUCAAAGAAACUGACAGCACUUUGUUGUCAAUAGCCUACUGAAUCUGGAAAUGUUUUUGUUUGUUUUUAGGAUGAAAUGCUGUGUAUAGGACAUAUCUACUGGUUAUUAGUCAGUGCUUCAUAAAGUCGGCUUUUAUAUAAA